CACGGUGCUUCAGUCCUCCGGCAGACCGGAGCAGAGACGGACGUUAACCGGCGUGUGUGCGCGUCUUUCACCGCUAAAAACGUCCAGAACUGUGGAAUAAUACUCUUAUUUUGACCUCUUAAUAACUAAUGUUAUUUGUUUUGGUCGUUAAGCCUAAUGACACGGAGGAAAAGGAGAAGAAGUCUCUCCAUCAGCUCUUCACCUUUUCACUUUCCCACUGUGAGCGUCUUCCAGCCAGCAGGAGAUGAAAAGCUGCCAAUGAGCGAAUUCUGUGCUAAGUAGCGGCCAUGGCUGCCCAUCGCAUCGUCAGAGUGACGAGCAACAGUCACGUCCUGCCUCGCUGCAAGUCUGAAGGGACGCUCAUCGACAUUAGCGAAGGGGUCAAUGGGGCCAGUCUCAACGAUGUCAAAGUGCCUUCUCCCAGUGCCUUAAGGCUGGACACUUCCUCCUCCUAUGGAGCAGCGCAGGAAGUGGUCGCCAUAAAGGAUUACUGCCCGAGCAGCUUCACUACGCUGAAGUUCUCCAAAGGGGAUCGCCUCUAUGUGUUGGACACGUCAGGGGGGGAGUGGUGGUACGCGCACAACAACACGGAGAUGGGCUACAUCCCUGCCGCCUACGUGCAGCCGCUCAACUUCGGGAACUCUUCGCUCAGCGACAGCGGGAUGAUUGACAGUCUUGGGGAGGGGUACGAGGAUGGGUCGAAGGAGUUUGGAGGCCUAGGGGAAUGGACAGGGGUUUCCCUUAAGCCUUCCCCAAUUUACAACAAUACUCCCUUUGCUGUGAACCCCUUUAUUAAAGAUCAAAACUGCAAAGAUUCUGGCGUUAGGAACUCAACGGACCUUAUUCUAUUUGAUGCACUGGCAUCUCCGUCAUCUUGCUCAAACUUGACCUCUAGUACAAUCAUGACCAAUGGGUUCAGCAGCUGCCACAUUAACAGUACACCCCCCACAAGCCCAAAUCAAGAGGUUGUACCUAACCUCCACAGGGAUAAUCCGUUUUUCAGGAGCAAACGUUCCCACAGUCUCUCAGAACUGUCCGUCCUGCAGGCGCAGUCCAAUCCAUCCUUACCUUCUUCGGGGUUCUUCUCAGGCCUUAAGGCUCCUUCCCCGGAGCAGUUUCAGAGCCGGGAGGACUUCAGGACUGCUUGGUUGAACCACAGAAAGCUAGCCAGGUCUUGCCAUGACCUUGACUCUCUGGGUCAGAGUCCAGGGUGGGGCCAGACGCAGCCGGUGGAGACCAGCAUCGUGUGCAUGUUGGACUGUAACGGAGGCGUUGUUCAGCUCCCGGACACCCAAAUCAGCAUUCACAUCCCUGAAGGCCACGUCAGCAAUGGAGAACACCAGCAGAUCUCCAUGAAAGCCUUGCUUGACCCUCCUCUGGAGCUCAACACAGAUCUCUGCUCCACAGUGAGCCCUGUAGUGGAGAUCAAGCUGAGCAACAUGGAGACAAAGUCCUUCCUCACGUUGGAGAUGAAGGUAUCGGUAACAGUCAAGAAGGAGAGUUGUCACACUGCGGAUGUGCUUUGCGUUCGCAGUGACUGCAAAGAAGGGCCUUACACGCCGAUCCUUAAUGCGUACCUUUACAAGGACACAGUCCAGGUGCAGCUGGAUGGUCUGGAGCCGUGCAUGUAUGUGGCUGUUGUUGUUAAGUCCCAGUACAUCAGCCACAAUACAACUGUUUGGGAUCAUGUGCAAAGGAAAGUAACUUUGGGCGUCUACGGACCCAAGCACAUCCACCCGUCGUUCAAGACAGUCGUGGCCAUGUUUGGGCAUGACUGCGCCCCUAAUACCUUGCUGGUAAACGAGGUGGGUCGCCUGGUGAGUGCUAGCCCGCCGGUGGCCCUCCAGCUUUGGGGCAAGCACCAGUUUGUGCUGGGGUACCCUCAGGACCUCCUGCUGGGGUUGUACUCCAACAUGUCUAACUACGAGGUGAAGUCCUGCGAGGGGACGGGGGUGAUUCGGGGGUUUCAGGUCAAACUGGGGAAAGUGAGCAGGCUCCUUUACAUGAUCACAUCGCACAGUCCAGACAGCAUUUCAGAUUUUACACUCAGGGUCCAAGUUAAGGACGCACUUGACUGCAUCCUCACGCAGUUCUGCGUCCAAACACCACCACCGCCACCCAAAACCGAAGCAAGGAUAUCAGGCCAGAGGAGGUUUCUAAAAAAGAGAGAGGUGGAUAAGAUAGUCUUAUCACCGCUAGCCGCCACUUCAAAACACCCAAAGUUUCAGGACCGGUGCAUCAUCAACCUGAAAUUUGGCAAAUUGAUCAAAACAGUGAUCAGGCAGCACAAGAGCAUGUAUCUGUUGGAGUACAAAAAGGGGGAUGUUGUUGCUUUGCUCAGCGAGGAGAAAAUCAAACUGCGAGGGCAGCUGCGGACUAAAGAGUGGUACAUUGGAUACUAUCAGGGGAAGAUGGGACUCGUCCAUGCCAAGAACGUUUUAGUUCUGGGUAAAGUCAAGCCCAUUUAUUGGAUCGGGUCGGAUCUAACGACCACAGUGCUGCUGGAGCAGAUCCUGAAGCCUUGCAAGUUUCUUACGUACAUAUACGCAACAGUGAGGACGGUGUUGAUGGAGAACGUGGGCAGCUGGAGGGCGUUUGCAGAUGCACUCGGAUACGGGAAUUUGCCGCUGAAUUAUUUUUGCAGAACAGAGCUGGACAACGAGCCGGAGAAAGUGGCUUCGGUUCUGGAGAAACUCAAAGAGGAGUGUACGAACACGGAGAGCAAGGAGAGGAAGUCCUUCCAGAGAGAACUAAUGAUGGCGCUGCUGAAGAUGGACUGUCAGGGUCUGGUGGCGAAGCUCGUGCUGGACUUCGUGCUGCUGACCACGGCGGUGGAGGUGGCGUCCCGAUGGAGGGAACUCGCAGAGAAGCUGGCUCGAGUGUCCCGACAGCAGAUGGAGGCAUACGAGGCUCCGCACCGAGACAAGAACGGACAACUGGACAACGAGUCCAUGUGGAAGCCGGCCUACGACUUCCUCCUGACGUGGGCCGCCCACGUGGGGGACAGCUACCGGGACGUGAUCCAGGAGCUGCACCUGGGCCUGGACCGGAUGAGGACCCCCAUCACCAAGAGGUGGAAGCACCUGACGGGGACGCUGAUCCUCGUCAACUGCCUGGACCCGCUGCGGGGCGCCGCCUUCUGCCCCACAGGGUACGGAGACUUCGCUGUGUGAACAUCCACCUGUAGAGCUUUUGAAAAGCCUGUCCGCUUCGAGAGACACUGGAGAUCAGCGUCUUGGACUUUGAGGACAAUUUCAGGUCAGAUCUGCAGGUCCUGGUCUUCUUUUGGGAGUAUUGGAUUCAGUAUCAUCGAUUAAUAGAUGUUCAAACACCGUCGAAAGGUAGUUGGUAAUGAAAAAGUCAAAGUCAAAAGGCGCAUUCACAACGCAGUACUUUUCCCACAAAGGUUCAUGAGAACUCUUUAGUUCUCAUGAACUAAAUACAGAUCGCGUUCACACCGGAAUAAGUCCCUG